AUGGAAAAUGCCGAUUUUCAGUAUAACAGAGGCACACAAAUGCAACCACAGCAUUUCCCAACACGACCUAUGGUCGAUCCCGAAGCUGAGGGUGAAGUGGACCCUUCACAAUAUCCUCAGCCGAAAGAAUCGACGCACAAAAUUCGAGGAAAAAGCGAUAUGAUAGAAAUGAUCUUUGGUCCCGUCGAUCAAGAACUUCUUGUGGUUAAGAGCUUCUACUUUUUCUUUUACUCCGCUUUCGGAUCACUAUUUCCUCUAAUGGGCGUUUACUUCAAGCAGAUGGGAAUGAAUGCUAGCCAGAGUGGUUUCCUGAUAGGCUCUAGGCCUUUCGUCGAAUUUCUUUCUGCUCCGUUUUGGGGAAGUCUAGCUGAUCGGUGGCAAAAAGGUAAAAUUCUGCUGUUAGCAUCGCUCGCUUCGUGGAUCGUCUUUACAGUUCCUUUAGGUUCAAUCCAACCUCCAGCAACGUCUUGUAUGGUUAUAAAAAAUAAUACCGCAUUAUUGACUACUCCUGAGGUUAAUGUAGGAAGAGUUGUGAUAACGAAAAGAUCCAUCAAAAUGGAAACGCUUGCUGAAUUUCCACGUAACCUUGAACAGGAACCUAAAAGCCACUCCAGGAAACCUCGAGAUAUCCACCCAGUCUCAGUGAAUGCAGGUCAGUCUCCCAUUAAUGUCCAAUAUGCAUCUAACUACCAAGACAAGGAACAUGAAAGCUGGGUCCAACCUAUCAUAUCCUCCAUUGUUUACCGUACGCAAGAUAUCCAAAAGGCAUUUUUCCUGCUGCUACUACUGGUGAUUAUUGGUGAAUUUUUCAGUGCCCCUGCCGUCACUCUUGCAGAUUCAGCUGUUCUUACUUUGUUGGGAGAAGAUGCUGAUACGUAUGGGCAUCAAAGAAUGUUUGGUUCCCUUGGAUGGGGUCUUGCCAUGUUUUUCGUAGGCAUAGCACUAGAUCACUCAACAGCAUUUCCUAACCAUCCCUGCACUCCCGACAAGAAAGAAAAGAAUUACACAAUUUGUUUCGCUACAUUCUCGGUGCUUAUGGGAGCUGCAUUAAUAAGCGCCACUCAAAUAACUUUCAAAUACGACGAAUCCGUGCCAGAACCAACGAUGGAACCAAAAAGUCAGUCACCGACCGAAGAAGAUCGAAUGCAGGCCCAACUCGCCGAGCAACUGAAUUUACCUUCUCUGGCGGAUACUCGGGCCGCUGAUGCUCCACCGAUUCCAAAAGAACAGAAGACGAAAAUAUUUGCUCAAACUACACGUGAAAUGCCUGAAUGGAUGACAGUUAUUAAACAAUACAAAAAUCUCAAAUGUGCUUCAUUCUUAUUCGUCGCGUGGUUUAUGGGCUUCGGUAUUGGAUUAAUCUUCACGUUCCUAUUCUGGCACUUACAAGACUAUGGUGGAUCCCCGACACUAUUCGGCGUUGCUUCAGUUAUCAACCACAUAUCAGAAAUAUUCGCGUACUUCUUCAGCUUUCGACUUAUCAGGCAAAUGGGCCACGUUAAAGUAUUGUGCCUUGGCCUUAUUGGUAAUACUCUACGAUUCUUAUACAUAUCAUGGUUGACGAAUCCUUGGUGGGUGUUGCCGUUUGAAUUCAUGCAGGGGAUCACUCAUGCUGCUGUUUGGGCAGCCUGCUGCUCAUAUAUUGCUCACAAUACUCCUCUGGAACUGCGAUCUUCUGCCCAAGGUGUUCUCCAAGGAAUUCAUCACGGUCUAGGCAGAGGUUGUGGCGCAGUGAUUGGAGGAAUGUUCGUCAGCUCUUUCGGUUCUACGGCUACCUUCAGGGGAUAUGGAAUUAUCUGUUUAGCAGUACUGGGCGCUUUUGUAUUCAUUAAUUUCUAUAGGGUCGAUCAAGGAUUUGUUUCAGAUUUGCCCCAAACUGAAGAUCCUAGACAGGUAGCAGAAGAAACAUCCCAUUUGGCUCCUCAUGGUGUUCCCAGUAAUCCUAUACCGCGAGCUUUAUCCAGUACAAAACUUCAUGACCUAGCUAAUCAAGAUGGAUACGGAGCUACAUAUCAGAUGGGCCAAGGUGGCACUUUAGGAGUUCCUGGUGCGAAUCCGUUUAGCACACAACAACAACAACAACCCCAGCAUCAACAGUAUUCUGGAUACGAGAUGGGAACUACUAAUUCUUCUUAUUCAAGAUGCCAGUAUCCUGAAGCCAACACUACAUUACUCAUACAACAGCCGAUAUCGACCACCAACUCAGCUUACGAAUGGUAA